ACAAGUUUAUUACAGGACUGUUGAGGGGGGAAAGACCCCAGAAACAGCUGGACAGGUUUGGCAUGCGUGGAGUUAAAAGUUAGAAAUUGAGUGACCGUGGAAGCAGCCGGACGGGGGGGAUGACUCGUGAGUUUUUAUUGAGGAGGGUUGACUUCACUUGAGGGUCGGAGGAGACACGGCCAUGCUGCAGCCGCGGAUGUUUCAGACACUUCUCCAACACUUUUCCCCGGAGAUCCAAAGAACCAGCACGCGGCUACUGUUUGGGGUUUCCCAUGCGCUGCGACACGGACACAGAUGUGGCCUGCACCAAAGCAAGGCAGCGUUGCAAAAUGCGAGAGAACGGACUCUUAUUGCGGUGAAACCAGAUGGAGUUCAGCGUCGCCUUGUCGGACAGAUAAUCCACCGCUUUGAGCAAAGGGGGUUCAAGUUGGUCGGCCUAAAAAUGGUCCAGGCAUCUCACGGUAUCCUGUCGGAGCACUAUGGUGAGCUGAGGACGAAGCCUUUCUUUCACAGUCUGCUGACUUACAUGUCUUCAGGACCCCUGGUUGUCAUGGUAUGGGAAGGUCACAAUGUCGUCCAGGCGUCACGAAAAAUGGUGGGACAAACAAAUCCUGCUGAGGCGCCGGCGGGCACCAUCAGAGGAGAUUUUAGCGUCCAUGUUAGCAGGAACGUGGUCCACGCUAGUGAUUCACAGGAGGGAGCGCAAAAGGAGAUCCAGCUGUGGUUUCAAGCGAAAGAUCUGCUGGAUUGGGAUUGCUGUGACCAGAUUUACACCAUUGAAGUGUGAGGAACCUGCAGCGUUUCUCCUGUGGGUUUAGAGUCUGUCUCUUUUUGACAGCGACCACAACCAUUGAAAUUAUGAGCCAUUUUUAAUGCUCAGUCUUAUAAUUUAUAUCAGUUAAGAUAAAAUGUAGAUUUUAAAAAGCUUAGCUGCCAGUGUGUCUAAUUGAUCUGUUGCUGUUUUAACUGCUCUGAACAGAAGAAAAUAACUAAACCAACAGAAUAUUGUUUAUAAAAUACCAAAUUCCUUUCAUGGAUUGAUGUGUUCAGAUGAUUCUAAUAUGUGCUGAUUAAUAUUGUUACACUAAUUUCUCAUAUUUCUGGCUUCUUAAAGACUCGAGUACAUGAAAUAUCAAUAAAUCCUUAUUUUGAAGCACUUUUCAUACAUGCUUCAAUGCAAAAUGCUUCCCGAAAAACAUCUAGAUGCCUAUAGACAAUAGAAAAUAUGAAGAAUUCAAGGAAAUGAACAAAGAAAAUACAAACCAGAGUUACCAAGGUAUUGCUGCCACUUCAAAUGACUUUAAAGAAGCUUAAAAAAAUAAUACAAACAUUUAAAAAAGUGAAAAGAGAUACCCUGCAAUGAUUUUACUUGUAUCAGAUUUGACGCUAAAAGUAAUUAUCACAUCCCACAAGAUUCCAUUACCAUGUAUGUAUUGAUCAGACUUUUUAAGAACCACUUAUUUUCCUGCAGUUGCAAUCCUCAUUUUUGUUUUUGUGAAAACAUUGAAUGUUAAUAAUAAAAUACGUAAAUGAACAAUGA